AGAUGGGAGAGGUGGACAGGGGGGCGGAACUGUAGAUGUCAGUAAGAAAGGUUGGGCCACUCCCACUGGUCUCUGCUCAGAACACAAGCAGGCUGGCAGCACUGUGCCCAUUGGUAAUUGUUCCCCUGUCAUCCACUAGGAACUGACCCAGCGCUGGCAGGACCCGCCCGUGAGUGCUGGGGCAGGAGGUGUUAGAUACACAGCAAUGGCUACAGUCUGUUCAUCCUUAUCAGCAUAAUGCUUGUCACCGGCUCACCUGUCCUACCGUGAGAGCGACUGUAACCCUGCAAGACCCUAGGAUGCCAAGCACCGUGCUGUGGGCAACAGAUAUUUUCGGAAAGGUUUUUGCUUUGUCGGCAGAUGGCCAGCAAUGGGUGCCCUGUAAGAACGGGAGUGUAGAAUUCAAGCGAGUAUCUGCGGUACAGUCAUGUUGCUGGGGGGUCGGCUGCAACCAUCAGAUAUAUGUUUAUGUCCAUGCCACUGAUCUUCCCAUAAAGUAUCAAGAAGAAACCUAUGAGAAUCAGCGUUGGAAUCCAGUGGACGGAUACUGUGAGAAGCUUCUGCCCAGUGACCGCUGGCAGUGGAGCGAUGUUACGGGGUUACAGCACCAGCAACUAGACAACUUUGUGCUCCCCUCGCCUCACUGGGAGUGGGAGUCUGAUUGGUAUGUGGAUGAGAAUAUUGGUGGAGAGCCCACAGAAAAAGGGGGCUGGAGCUAUGCUAUAGAUUUCCCAGCGGCAUACACCAAGGAUAAAAAGUGGAACUCCUGUGUGCGCCGGAGGAGAUGGAUCCGAUACAGAAAAUACAAAUCAAGAAACACCUGGGCUAAGAUUCCGUCACACGAGGAUAACAAGAAGUUACCAGAUCCUUUUAAUGAAAUUACUGUUGGAGGUUGGGAAAUCACUGAUGAGCCUGUAGGACGUCUGUCAGUCUGGACAGCUUCUUUACAAGGAAAGGUUUGGUACCGAGAGGAUGUCUGCCAAAACAACCCUGAGGGUUCAUCCUGGACUGAAGUAGAAACCCCUAGUGAAGUGGUACAGAUCAGCUGUGGUCCAAAUGACCUGCUGUGGGUUUCCCUUUGGCAAGGCCAAGCCAUGGCGAGAGAAGGUAUCAGCAGGAAUAACCCAAAAGGAAGUUCAUGGACCAUUGUUGAAGCACCAACUCCUGAGAAUGGCAUAAUUCAUGUGUCUGUUGGAGUGAACGUGGUAUGGGCUGUGACUAAGGAUCGUAAGGUAUGGUUUAGGCGUGGAGUAAACUCCCAUAACCCAUGUGGCACUGGCUGGAUAGAGAUGGUGGGAGAGAUGGCGAUGGUGGAUGUUGGAUUAAAUGAUCAGGUAUUCGGAGUUGGAUAUGAAGAUCGGGCUGUUUAUUUUCGACAGGGUGUCACUCCUAGUGAUCUAAGUGGGAAAGCUUGGAAAGCCAUAGUGGUACCAAGGGGAAAUGAGAGGUCCAACUCAGAAAGUCCAACUAGCCUUCUCAGCGCAGGCUGUUUUUUCGGUGAUGAAGUCAAGGAGCAUUCUGAUUCAACCAUCCAUUCUGACCUAGACAGCUCUUCAGAACCCGAGCAGACUGUUGUGCAGGAAAGCUGUUCUGAUUCUUCUGAACCUGCUGAUGUUGCUCCCAGUCAGCACGAGGAGCCCAAGGAUGAAGAACUAAGUGCAGUUUUAGAUAAAACCAAUGAAGACACUGCCCUCUCAGAGGGACCCCUGCCAAAAGCUGGAGCACCUAAAUGGACAAACAUUGACUUGGUGGAAGCACGUAUUAAUCCAGCCAGAGCUUCAGGUGAUAUGACUGGCUUGUCUCCGAUUGGAAUAUUCGCUCCAGGAGAAGAAGUGAAUGAUACACAUCAUUUGUGGACCUGGGUAUCUGGGGGUGGCUGCUGUGUUGAGUCCCAUACACCUUUGAAAUGGUUUACACUACAGACAGGUCUAUCGGCUUCCAUGCAGUCACUUACCUUGUCCAUCACCCCGGCCCACACUGCAGCCUGGAGGAAGCAGAUAUUUGACCAGCUCAGUGAUCGCUCCGAACGAGAACUUGACAGUUUCCGGCACUAUGGGCAAGCUGUAGAACAGUCCGUAUGGGUGAAGACCGGAGCUCUGCAGUGGUACCGGGACUGGAAACCAAACAAGUGGAUUGAUGUCCGUGUGGCUCUUGAAUAGCUCACAGGCACAGAUGGCUCACGAGACAACAUUCUCUUUGUAUAUUACACUCACGGGGACGAUAAGAAGUACAUACAUAUAUUUCUGAAUGAAGUGACCAUUUUAGUGCCUGCCGCUAAUGAAGCUAAACACUCCUUUGCCAUCUACACUCCAGAAAAGACGAAACAAAGAUGGCCGAUACGGCUGGCCGCCGCCACAGAGCAGGAAAUGCAUGACUGGCUUGUGCUAUUAAGUGUGUCCUGCUAUGAAAGCAGAAAGUUAAAGGGCCCACCAUCCAGUCAAGCUAUCUGGUCCGUUACCUGCAAAGGGGACAUCUUUGUCAGUGAGCCCACAGCGGAUCUCGAGUCUCUGGCGAACGCCAGGUCAUGUGACCAGAUGUUUUGGCGUCAGAUUGGGGGACACCUCAGGGUGGUGGAGAGCAGCAGCACUGGAGUUGUGUGGGGGCUCGGCUGUGACCAUGCGGCAUGGGUUUAUACUGGCGGUUAUGGUGGGGGUUUCUUUCCAGGUGUCGCUAGCAGCACAGACAACAUAUUUCCACAGACUGACACAGAAUGUGUGUACAUCUAUGAGAAUCAGAGGUGGAAUCCCAUUACUGGAUACAGCAGCAUAGGCCUGCCAACAGACAGAUACAUGUGGAGCGAUGCUUCUGGAUUACAGGAGUGUACAAAGACCAACACAAAGCCUCCAUCACCACAGUGGACAUGGGUGUCAGAAUGGUAUAUAGACUUUAAUGUGCCUGGUGGAACAGACAGAGAAGGGUGGCAGUUUGCUGCUGAUUUUCCAGCAUCCUAUCAUGGGUACAAGACCAUUAAGGACUUUGUUCGCCGGAGAAGCUGGGCCAGAAAAUGCCGCAUAGUGACAAGCGGGCCUUGGCUGGAAGUCCCUCCUAUCUGCCUGUGGGACAUCUCCAUAUCUCCGAGCAGUGGAAGUCACAACUGUGAAUCGAUAGCUCUGUGGGCAAUAAGCAACAAGGGAGACGUACUGUGUCGACUCGGCGUCACAAAGCAGAGUCCAAGUGGUUCCUCUUGGCUCCAUGUUGGCACAGAUCAGCCGUUUAUCUCAGUCUCUGUCAGAGGAUGCCUCCAGGUGUGGGGAAUAGCAAGAGACGGUUCUGCUUUCUACCGUGGCUCAGUAUCACUUUCCCAGCCUGCCGGUGACUGCUGGUAUCAUAUCCCCUCUCCUCAGAAGCAAAAGCUGCAGCAGGUCUCUGUCGGACACACGUCGGUGUUUGUUGUGGAUGAAAAUGGAAACUUGUGGUUCCGCCAUGGAAUUACCCCUACCUACCCCCAAGGAACAACGUGGGAGCACAUGUCAAGUAAUAUCCGAAAGGUGUCUGUGGGGCCCCUUGACCAGAUCUGGGUAAUCGCAGACAAAGUUCAAGGAAGUCACAGUCUGAGCUGUGGAACUGUCUGUCAUCGCUUGGGGGUGCAGCCAAUGCAGCUAAAGGGACAUUCAUGGGACUAUGGAAUCGGGGGAGGUUGGGAGCACAUUUCUGUAAGAGGAAACGAGGCAGAAGUGGGUAAAACCCUGCGACUAGAAGAAAACGCCACUCAGAAACCAGAUCCACAGGAAGGAACAGAGAGUCAGCCUUCUCCUCGCAUGUAGCAAACUGCUGACUCCCUGCAAUGCAAGACUGUCUCUGAACUGGCCUUUUGGAAAUGGACGUUAUAGUUGAUACAAUCCUACUUCAGUAUGACUAUGAGGAUUUUCAUUUAUCCAAGUCAUGGUAUAUCUGGUAUAGGUAAAUCUAAAAACAACUGGACUUACUGAGUAAUCAAUGAAGACGUUUCACUAGUCAUCCGAGCAGCUUCUUCAGGUCAUCAACUGCUGCUGAUGAGUAGUCUUCAAUGAUUACUCAGCAAGUCCAGUUGCUUUAGAAUUACUUAUACUAGUCCUACUUCGGUACUUUUCAGUACUGUUUUGCUUGGAAAACAGAUCACUUAUUUAUUUAGCAUGUUGUGGGAAUUGUUUAGCUUCCAAAGUGGCAAACUGGGAAACCACCCCGAGCCAUUUUAGCCCUAAAUAUAUAGGGAGGGGGUUGAUGUUUUCUUAAAGCAAUCAUAUUAAAGGAAAACUAUACCCCCAAAAUGAACACUUAAGCAACAGAUAUUUCAUAUCAUAUUAAGUGGCAUA